CAAUUACGGUCACGGGGUGCAUCGUUCGCGGUCGGUUACGAGGUGAUUUUGAUUUAAGGAGUAGAGAAAUCGUUGCGAAUAUUUUCUUUAGAUUUAAUAAAAAAAAAAAAAGAUUACUGCUAUAAUUUCAUUGUUGAUAACGAUAAGAGAGAAAAAGAAAAAAAAGGGGAAAAAAAAAGAAGAAAAAGAAAAAUAAGAAACAUAGAAGAAGUUUUAUCGUAUUACGUUAUCGGAGUUAAAACUACGUUUUCUUUUCACGUAAGCUGAUGUCUUCGUCAGCUCGUAUGAUAGCAUCCUAGUGGCGAAAUAAAAAAGCAACGACCGUACGGGAGGUAGUUGGCCAUCUUGGAAAACAGAUAUGGUUGUAUCGAGAGAAACGUCAACAGAAUUGUGUUUACUUCGUACGAUACAUGCCGUGAGAGGUGUCUUAGUUUAAUUACAUUUAUAAUAGACUUAGCUUAAUCGCACGGAAGUGAGACCGACACGGUGGCGUAUCUGACACGCAGACGUUAUCGCAAAAGGUGCGUAACUUUGCUUCCGAAUGAUGAAUCGAGGUGACGGAUUGGUGCAGAGAAGACGAGUGGUUAACAGUAGCAGCAGCAGCAGUGGAUUCGGCCAGGAUGGUUCCAAUGAACUUGGUCAUAAUGACAAGUUGUCUGGUAACAGUAUGGACACCGACUGUUCAUCUCAAAAAGAUUUAAAUUCUAAUCCUACGAUAGACGAUGAUUCUGAUAAAGAAACCAGAUUGACUCUUAUGGAAGAGGUUUUACUCCUUGGUCUUAAGGACAAGGAGGGUUAUACUUCGUUUUGGAACGAUUGCAUAAGCUCAGGCCUACGUGGAUGUAUCUUGGCCGAACUUGGAUUUCGUGGUCGUGUAGAAUUAGAAAAAGCUGGAAUGCGUAAGAAAGGAUUAUUAUCAAGGAAAUUACUCUUAAAGAAUGACGCACCCACUGGAGACGUCUUGCUGGAUGAAGCGUUGAAACAUUUAAAAGAUACAGAUCCUCCAGAGACAGUUCCAAGUUGGAUAGAAUAUUUAAGUGGUGAAACGUGGAAUCCUUUGAAGCUACGUUAUCAGUUAAAGAAUGUUAGAGAGAGAUUAGCUAAAAAUCUUGUAGAAAAGGGUGUGUUAACUACAGAAAAACAAAACUUCUUACUCUUUGAUAUGACAACUCAUCCUCUUACUGAUAACCUUGCCAAAAGUCGUCUUGUUAAAAAGAUUCAGGAGGCUGUGUUAGGUCGUUGGGUAAAUGAUGCAGGUCGUAUGGAUAGGCGGACGUUAGCAUUAGUGAUCCUAGCCCAUGCGGCUGAUGUAUUAGAGAAUGCAUUUGCACCUCUUUGCGAUGACGAUUACGAAGUAGCAAUGCGCCGAGUUCGAACUUUAUUGGAUCUAGAUUUUGAAGCUGAAGCUACUAAACCUAAUGCCAAUCCCGUAUUAUGGGCUGUAUUUGCCGCAUUCACUAAGUAACACAGUUUUCAUAAAUUAAAAGUGUAACUUAUGAACGUUGGAUAAUAGUGUGAACAGUGGGAUUACCAAUUUUGCAUGUAUUUCAGUUGUAUACUUAAAAGAAAUAGUUACAAGAUCAUUGUUACGAUCAUAUGAUUCAGACCAAAUAACAUAUAGUUGACUGCAUGAAAAGCAGCGUUAGGAUAUAUUAGUCAUUUUCAUUAUUAUUUAAUAUCUUUGAUAACUGAACUGUAUAUAAGUUCAGAUUGGUGACAUCGUAAAGUAACGAAAUUCCGUGUGUGAAUGUGCACUUCGAGUGUGAUUUAGUGCCAUGUAGGGUUUGAUAAAAAAAAUUCUCAUCGUACAGAAUUUUAUGAAAUAUUUAUUAUCUGCAUCUGUAUAGAAUCCUUCACGUAUAAUAUUUGAUACAGCCUUAUACGGCAAACUGUAUCUCUCAUGUUAUUUGCUACAUCAUUGAUGACUGUUGCUUAAAAAUAAAAGACAAUAUAAGAGGCAAUAUAGCAAAUUGAAAAUAUUAUAACAUUAUGUUCUAAUCGCUAGUGCCCCUCCCUACGGGCUUCUAUAUUGCAUUUGGAUAUAUCUUAUAGUGACAUUCUUUUCAAAUUGAAGCACAGAUUGAUAAGAUUCACUGGGUGGCAGUAAAGCAAUUAAUUUUUGACGUGUAUGACCUGCAUUAUAGAAUUUUAUAAAAAAUAUUCCUUUCGAUGCUUUAAAUAUUUUAUAUAUUUCGCAUUAUCAAUAAUUUUUUUGUAAUAUAUUUAAUGGAAUACUUCCUUUAUAUUUGAAUUUUAUAGAGAAAGCACAAAUAUAUAAACAUUGAUCUAUUUACUUUCAUGAAAAAUAUAAAUGCUAAUAAUUGCAAUAUUAAUAUUAUCAUUCUUAGAGAUAAUAAUUAUUAACAAAUAUUGACAUAUAUAUUGCUCCUUUUAGCUGUAGAAAAAAAUUUCAUUAUGAUGCUUAUAUAUAUAUAUAUAAAAAAAAAACAUUAUAUAAAAUUAUUAAACAUGGGGUUUAUUGGUUAAACUAAUAAUUUCAAAAUAAGACAUGAUUUAGUUACCUAUAUAUCUAUCAAGAAUAUACAAUCCAUUCGAUUUAUACGUUUCGUACAUUUUAAAUUAUUAUUAAGUUAAUUGUUGCUAUUUGAGUAUUAAUUUUAAUAAGUAUUUAGUAAAACUGUAAUAUUAUUGUCAUAUAGUUUUUUUUUUUUUUUUUUAAUGCAGGUUGAAAAAAAUUACACAAGUAUUUUAGUAAUCAUACUUAUUUUUAUGUAUUUUUAAAUGUAGUUAAGUCUUUUUUGUCUUCAUUAGAUUAUAAUAUUUUAUUACAUAGCUGUCCAUUUGACAGAAUGCAGAUAUCUAUUAUAAUUUAAUGUAAUAUAAUAUUCUGCCUAUAUAUAUUUUAAAUGGUAGUAGCUUGCUGGUCAAGCAGAUGUAACAGGUAUUAGCUGGACAAGGCAUUUAUUUUUGUUACAUUGUUACUAGUGGAUUUCUUUGCUUGUGACACUUCUAUAAAUUAUAGGUAGUUCUUUUUUCUUUUGAAAUAACGUUCUUUUCAAUAUGAAUGCUAAAGUAAAAUGAUUUAGAUUAAUGUAAUCAAUUUGUUAUAUAUUUAUAUAUUUAUAUAUAUAUAUAUAUAUAUAUAUAUAUAUAUAUAUAUAUAAUAUAUACUAUAUAUUGUACACACACACACACAUAUAUAUAUAUAUAUGUGUGUGUAUAUGUAUAUGUAUGUAUGUGUGUACGAAAGCUCUACUGCCACUUGGUUGAAAAAUUUGAAUAUUAUAUUCUCCAAUGAAAAAGAAAAUACACAUCACAAUACGUGCUCUAUUACAAUAAUAUUUUAAAUAGUGACAUACAUGUAUUUGCAAUUGAGUAUAUUUGGAAUAAUUUUUAAAUGAGGCCAUACAUAGGAAACUUGUAAUUAAAAAUGAGAUUAUGAAAAGAACUUUUUUGUCUAUUUAUAUAUUUUGUAAUACUACAUCAUAAAAUUCCUUAUAUAAUUGCUGAUUAUUAAUAAUGUUUAUAUAUUUAUAAAAAUCAUUGUACUUUUACUAUCAAGAAGUAAUAUGUCAGGUAUUUGUAAUAAUGGUAAAAUAUCAUAAAUUUGUUCAGUGAAAUUAUUUAUAUUUGAUGCCUGAUAAUAAUUUUUAUUUCAAAUGUACGAGCUUUUUUAAGUUUAUCAAGUUUAUUAGAAAAGUUCAUCAUAAAUAAUUUUCUAUGCAUUGCCACUUUGGAUAAUAGUCUGAAUAUAUGAAAGUAUAAUUAUCACAGAUAAAAUAUGCAAUGAUUUAUUUUAAGAGCUUGUAGUAUAAUAUUUUGUUCCUUUAAAAAGCAGGGGUAAUUUCGUUACGAAUAUAAAAUAUAUAAAAACAAUAGUAUAUUAACAGGAAUAUGAUCAAAAUAACUUGAAUAAAAUCAAAUAUAUUUUCUGAAAUUCUAUCCCAUUUGUUUGAUCACUGUAAAUCACUUGUAAAUACUGCAUUAUAAAUUACUGUUAAUCGAGAUUUAUAAUUUCAGUUGCACUUCUAUAUGUAAUAUAUCCUUAUUAUAGAAGUAAAUGUAAAAUACACAUAUUAAGAAAUAAAACAAUUUUUUUUUGUGUA